AUGUUAUCCAAGUUUAUAAAAGUAGAAGUAGAAAAUCUGGAUAAACCUGAAACUUCUUCAAUUGAUGGAUUUAAAAUCAAAGAAGAAACACCUACCAUUGAAUGUGACACUUUAUCCUCCUAUUUAUUCAAGUGCGACUUGUGUAGGAAAGAAUUUAUCAAGAAGAGUACUCUAAGGUACCACAUGCGCUUGCACAUUGAAGAGAAGCCUUACAGUUCUUCUGAAUUUCCUGCAAAUAAAAGUAAGAACAAACCUCCGAUAAUCCAAAAGCGCGCAAAGCCGUACGCUUGCAGUGAAUGUCCAUCAAGAUUUCGGGCGAAGAGAACUUUGGACGCUCACAUCUUGCUGCAUACCGGGGAGAGACCCUAUCUUUGCACACUCUGCCCUGCGACGUUUCGCGUGCCACAUAAUUUGAAGCAUCACAUGAAAUCUCAUUGUAAAGACAAACGUUUCAGUUGUAGCGUUUGCUCCAAGACUUUUCGGGAACAGUCUCUUGUGAUAAAUCAUAUGAAAAUUCAUUCUGAAGAUAAGCCAGUUGCUUAUGAGAUGUGUUCUUGUAAAACCUCUCAUACAGACAAUAAGCCGAUAGCUUGUGAGAUUUGUCCGUAUAAAUUCAGGACCAAUGGCGACUUGAAGUACCACAUGCGGAUCCACACAGGCGAGAAACCUUUUCAAUGUGAUGAAUGCUCUGCUAAAUUUUGCAGAAAGUCUCAAUUGGCAGAGCACAAACGGACGCACUCUGGAGAAAAACCUUUUCAAUGUAAAAUUUGUUCUUUUAAAUGCGCUCGAAAAAGUCAGCUUAAUUAUCACGUGAAAAAUUAUCAUAAAAAAGAAUCUUACUCUUGUAAAGAUUGUCCUUCUAAAUUUGAUGAUGUAGUUGCUCUUAAAAUCCACGCUGGGUAUCAUAAAAAAGCACAAGUUGAGGUUUUUCAGUGUGGUAUUUGUUCUAAGACAUAUGUUGCUAAAAAUAAUUACACGCGACAUAUGAAAUCUCAUGAUCUUAAAUGA